AUAGAUUAUUCGCUUCCCUGUUUCAAGAGACAUAUUUAUUCUUAUAAAAAAAAAGUAACAGUUAUGAUUAAUCAAUGAAUUCAACAUGUGACCAGAAUUUUUACAAAAUGGAAAGGUUUAAGUAAAAGUGCCGUUUAGGGGUCAUGCCCCCUGGGGCACAGGGGGAAGCAGAGGGCUUGGGCCCCUCUUGUUCCGAAUUGCAUAAUAAUCAGGAAAAUGUUACUGUUGAACUUAGUGCAACACGAACAUUAUAUCAACGAUGUUACCAGCACCUCAAGAGUUCGGGAGUUGGAGAGGCGAGUGUAUAUCAUGCCUUGGUGGUGAUAUUCCUGGAAUUUUUUGCUUGGGGUUUAUUAACAAUGCCAAUAAUAACAGUGUUAAACGAGACAUUCCCAGAUCAUACAUUCUUAAUGAACGGUCUCAUAAUGGGGAUUAAAGGAAUUUUGUCAUUUUUAUCGGCCCCAUUAAUUGGCGCACUAUCGGACGUAUGGGGUCGUAAAUUCUUUUUACUAAUUACAGUGGCCUUCACGUGUGCACCACUACCAUUAAUGAGCAUUAACACUUGGUGGUUCUUUGCCAUGAUUUCAAUAAGCGGCGUAUUCGCAUGUACAUUUUCAGUAGUAUUUGCUUAUGUUGCCGAUGUCACCGAAGAGAGUCAACGAUCAUUAGCAUACGGUUUGGUGUCGGCAACUUUUGCAGCGAGCAUGGUAAUAAGUCCCGCAUUGGGUGAUUACACGAGACAAAAUUAUGGCGAUAAUGUAGCUGUUGCCCUCGCCACUGCUAUCGCUAUUCUCGAUGUAUUUUUCAUUCUCGUCGCUGUACCAGAAAGUUUACCAGAAAAGGCGCGUCCUACUGGUCCUAUUUCAUGGGAACAAGCAGAUCCUUUCGCUGCUCUCGGAAAGGUGGGAAAAGAUCACACAAUUCUGAUGCUGUGCGUCACAGUGUUCCUGAGCUAUCUUCCAGAGGCCGGUCAAUAUAGUUGCAUAUUUGUUUAUCUAAAAUUAGCAAUGGGAUUUUCUACAUCGAUGGUGUCAGUAUUUAUCGCCGUGGUAGGAAUAUUAAGUGUCUGUGCUCAAAUGUUAUUGGGUCCGUUAAUGAGAACAUUGGGUAGUAAACACGCAAUUAUGCUCGGACUUUUAUUUGAAAUGUUGCAAUUAAUGUGGUACGGUUUUGGCUCACAGACAUGGAUGAUGUGGGCCGCAGGAGUGCUUGCUUCGAUUUCGAGUAUAACGUAUCCGGCAAUAUCUGCAUUUGUUUCAAUGCAUUCCGAUGCCGACAAACAGGGCUUGGUACAGGGCAUGGUGACUGGAAUGCGUGGACUUUGCAAUGGUUUGGGGCCUGCCAUGUUUGGCAUCAUUUUCUAUCUAUUUCAUGUCGAUCUCAACUACGACACACCAUCUUUACCUCUUAAGCCGCCAAUUCUCGAUGAAAACAAUAGAACGGGAACUGCCACUCAACAUCAAGAUAUCGUACCUCAGUUAGUGCCAGGGCCUCCAUUUGUUUUCGGUGCAUUCUUAGUGAUUUGCGCUCUUCUUGUGGCUACGUUUAUACCUGAAUCGAAUUCAAUGUUAACGGGGCAAAUUCAUCACUCUUCUACCUCCCGGAGGCCUUCCGGUAAAUACGCAUAUGAAAAAUGCCUCUCGCUAGAUAUUCAGUACGAGACGGAUAGGUUAAAUAGUGGUAGAGGCAAACUCGGGCCUCUUUCACCUCUAGUCGAUAAUUCGAAUGCAGCUGCGCUUUAACCAAUCGUGAAUAGCAGACUUGUUGCAAGACACAAGGAAAGCAUGCAUCCUGCUGUAUGAGAGGAAAAUGAAACGCUAUCUUCCUGCGGCAAAGUAGACUGUGCAUCUCGACAGAAAUUAGAUACGAUCACUUUGUGCAAGAUACCGUAAGCAUUGUUUCAAACUUGUAAUAUAAUCCGCUUAAAGUAUUGGUUCUAGAAACUCUUUUUUGAAGAUAGGUUGUGAAUAGCAAAACAAAAAAAAACAAAAACAAGAAAAAAAAAAGAAAUUAGCAGUGUAGCAGCAGUAUCUCUGAAAAGUGUGUGAUCCAUAAGCAAAAAUGCUGUCAGAUUCAAGCA